CAAAUAUUCCCAUUUGUGGCUAUCUUUAAACCCUUAUGCACAUUACCUACUUAUUCGGUGUAUCUCCAUAACACACCCAUCGUCUAUUUCUUCAGGCGUCACCUUGUUAAAUUAUCAAAGCGCACCCAUCCAUACUCACGCAAACAAAUGUUGUUUAGAGUGAAAACAAUUGUACCAUUAGCUUUGGGGCUUCUACUUCUUCAUCUAUGUUGUGCCUAUGGGGGGAUUACCAGAAAAGACUUUCCAAAUGGCUUUGUUUUUGGAACCGCCUCUUCUGCUUACCAGUAUGAAGGAGCAGUGAAGGAAGAUGGAAGGGGUCCUUCUAUUUGGGACACAUUUGCUCAUAAAUUUGGUAAGGUGACUGAUUUCAGUAAUGCUGAUGUGGCAGUUGAUCAAUACCACUUGUAUGAGGGUGACAUAAAGUUGAUGAAGGAUAUGGGCAUGGAUGCCUAUAGAUUUUCAAUCUCAUGGCCAAGAAUUUUCCCAAAUGGAAGUGGUCAAAUCAACCAAGCUGGAAUUGAUCAUUACAACGCUCUUAUUAAUUCUUUAUUGGCCCAUGGAAUCGAACCAUACGUGACCCUCUACCAUUGGGACCUUCCUCAAGCACUACAAGACCAAUACAAUGGAUGGCUCGACACUCGAAUAAUAAAUGAUUUUGCAACAUAUGCCGAGACAUGUUUCCAGAAAUUUGGUGAUCGGGUGAAGAACUGGAUGACAUUUAACGAACCUCAUACUUUAACCGUACAAGGUUAUGAUGUCGGGCUUCAAGCACCAGGCCGUUGCUCGAUACUUCUUCGAUUGUUUUGUCGGGGUGGAAACUCGGCUAGUGAACCUUACAUUGUUGGUCAUAAUGUUCUUCUUUCACACGCAGCCGCCUUCGACAUUUACAAAAGAAAAUACAAGGCAAAGCAGAAUGGGCGCGUAGGGAUCGCGUUUGAUGUCAUUUGGUAUGUGCCGGGCACAAACAAGACCAAAGACGUUGAAGCAACCCAACGAGCACAAGAUUUCCAGUUGGGAUGGUUUCUCGAUCCUGUAAUGUUUGGAGACUACCCGAGCUCAAUGAGGACAAGAGUAGGAGACCGGUUACCAAGAUUUUCUAAACUUCAAUCGACUCUUCUCAAGGGUUCUAUCAAUUUUGUUGGUAUAAAUCAUUACACAACAUGGUACGCGUGGCAUAACUCAACUAGGAUCAUCGGCGUUUUGCUCAACGAUUCUGUUGCAGACUCGGGUUCCAUUACCCUUCCGUGGAGAAACGGGAAAGCCAUUGGCGACCGGGCAAAUUCAAUCUGGUUAUACAUAGUGCCAGAAGGGUUUAGAAGUUUAUUAAAUUAUGUCAAGAACAGAUAUGGGAAUCCUCUAGUGAUUAUCACUGAAAAUGGGAUGGAUGACCCAAACAGCCCAUUUAUCUCUCUCAAAAAGGCACUAAAAGAUGAAAAAAGGGUCAAAUACUAUAAUGACUAUCUCACAAACUUGCUAGCUGCCAUAAAAGAGGAUGGGUGUAAUGUGAAGGGAUAUUUUGCAUGGUCAUUGUUGGAUAACUGGGAAUGGGCUGCGGGUUAUAGUUCGCGAUUCGGGUUGUAUUUUGUCGACUAUAAUGACAAGCUCAAAAGAUACGCUAAGGACUCGGCUAUGUGGUUCAAGAAUUUCUUGACCGCGGGUUAGAAGAUCAACACAUCAGAUCAUUUGCUGGUCGUGUCUUCAUUAUCUAUGAAUACACGACUGGUAAACCGAAAGAAUAGCUUCUAUUAAUUAUAUUGGAUUUGUUUGUAUAAUAUACAUGAAUGACUAAUUAAUUUUUAUUUGCUUGCAUGCUA